CAGCCUCAUAAGCAGGAAUAUUUCACCUGAACGACGAUAGAUCUGUGGCCUAAGGGGUUUUUAAUACACGAACUGCAUGGUUCCUUAGCCAUGGCUAGCAGCCCUCGAUCAACAGUCUUUCGGGUGACUGGCCUCCCUCUCGACAAGUCUGAGCUCGACAUCAAGACGACACUAUCCGAGACGAUCCGCGAUCUCUUGACGGAGGAUGAGCGACAGCGAUUCGGGUUGACUAUUGCCUGCGUCCCUUCAUGUGACAGCAACCAGACCUCGACUGCGCUGCUGGAAUUCAAAGGCGGCACUCCCAAGUUCCUAUCGCAGCUCGACGUCAAUCCUCUCGGCGAUUGGCAGAUCGAGAUGGGAGAUGAGGAUAUCAACUUUGAUCGCCAUUUCUUCGGCUUUACCCAGCUGCACCCACGGCUCCUGAUCAGCCGAUCACUGCUGACAUCAUCGCCAUCACGGGCCUGGACGGACAUGCGUAUGGCUCGUGGCGGGGAAAGGGCAACCUUGGGCGAAUGUGGCUUCGUGACUUCCUCUCGAAAGAUCUCGAACAAUGAUCUACGGGUAUAACUCGAAGCUAUCCAGCCACGGCAUCGACACGAUCAUGGAUUAUGGGCGGGAAUUCUUAGAAGGGAUCAAGAGGGUCAGGUAUACGAAAGAGCUCAGGGAGCGACCGCUCUUUUUCGUCGCACAUAGCUUUGGGGGGAUCAUAUUAGCUCAUUGCCUCGUGAAAGCGGUGCAGACGGAUGAAAGCGGCCAUGCGACAAUCGCAGCUUUGCACAAGGCGACCUACGGCAUCUUAUUUUUUGGCGCCCCGCACAAGGGCCUUGUGAUCGAUGAUAUCCAGCGUAUGAUAAUGAGAAAGGACGAUCAUCCGAGGGCGGAGCUCCUUGAGCAGAUCAAAUCUAAGUCUGAUCUCUUGAUAUAUCAGCUUGCGGAC